AUGUGUCUAGAGAUACAUCAAACUCAUGAACAUUCACAGAAUGCAUAUAUUAUAUUGGCUUCCAAAAACAACCCCCCAGGGGCACAUUCUUGUGUGACAGUCUUUCGAAGUGAAUUAAUCGCGAUUGAACAGGGCAUCGAUGCUAUAAUCAACGAGAGUGACUUUGGAGAUCUUUGGAUCCUGUCGGACAGUCACAGCUCCCUUCAGCACCUACACAACUGGACUAAAGUUGGAGACAAAACAAGCAUCUCCAUCCUUCUUAAACUUCAACUUAUUUCAAAGCACCACGACGUUCAUCUUCAAUGGAUACCAUCCCAUGUUGACAUCUUUGGCAAUGAGCAAGCGGAUCGCUUGGCCAAGGAGGGCUGUAUUCAUUUUACAUCUUCGUCAUCAACUCUUACCUACUCAGAGUAUCAAUCCAAAAUCAAAAGCCAUCUAUCAAAAAAGUGGAGGAUCCCCCCCCCCUCUCAUCAUUGGUAUGCGGCCAAGGAACCGGGCUCUUCACUUGUUCAUAUAGGUGAUAGAGCAUCUCAAACAGCUAUUUCCAGAUUGGCAAGUGGACACACGAAUAGUCUCUCGUACUUUAAAGGAAGAAAGUCUUAUGCAGUCUGCUCCGAAUGUGAAGCCCAGCAGGCCUCAGCCGAACAUAUCCUUGACUGCUUGGGCCUUUCCCAGGAGGACUUAUAUGCUUCUCCACUUCUUGUCAUCAACUUUUUGAGGACCAACAACCUACUGGAUCUUGUCUGUCUUCGUCAGACAAUUAGAGGAUAA